UAACGACCGUCUUCACUGCAGAAGACAUGGACAAGGUGAUGAGAUUGGCCUCGGAUAGUGGAGUGGUGCUGUUCAGCAAGAGCUCAUGUUGCCUGUGUUUUACGGUCAAGAUUCUGUUCCAAGACCUUGGGGUGACCCCGACGGUUCACGAGAUCGACCAAGACCCUGAAGGCCGGGAAAUGGAGAGAGCCCUGAUGAGGUUGGGGUGCAACACGCCGGUUCCGAUGAUCUUCAUAGGGGGAAAGCUGCUGGGAUCCACAAAUGAAGUCAUGUCCCUCCACUUAAGUGGAGGGCUGAUCCCUUUGCUGAGGCCGUAUCAAGCUUUGUAUUGAACUAUAAU